AUGUCUCUCAACCAGUACAUCGACAAGAAGGUGUCAAUCAUGACGGCCGACGGCCGCACCCUAGUUGGCACUCUCAUUUCCGCCGACAACCAGACCAAUCUAGUCCUCCAGAACGCCAUCGAGCGCGUCAUCCGCCCGGUAGAGGACCCUGAGCCAUCUGUGGAGGUGCCGCUCGGUCUUUACAUCGUUCGCGGCGACAACGUCUGCCUCGUGGGCGUCGUCGAUGAGGACAUCGACAACUCCAUCGACUGGACGGCUGUCAAGGGCGCUCCCAUCGGCGGUAUCAAGCACUCCUAA